AUGGAGCAAGUGUUUUUGGAGAUCAAUGAGAAGUUACCAGGUCUUCUAACAACAGGUGGUUCUGACGCCACUUUCGCUGAAUCAAGUAAGCUGAUCGAGAGAUGUAAUUUAGCUCUUAUAAGCUUUACAGGAACGCCUACCGCAGUUAUGGAUGACACAAUCAAGUUAAUGAAAAGCAUAUUGGCUUCAAAUGAGAGCUAUAACAUUGAUUAUGACCAAUUGAUGGAUCUAAUGUCUCAGAUGGUUAUUAAGUAUCCUUUUGAUAGGAUUUUGGAGCUAUUCACUGUGGAAGAACUUGCUCUUGCUCUCAAUUCGCCGAUAGAACGGUUAAAUAUUAUGACAUGUGUUGUAGUUGAGUAUUCUGAACCCAGUGGCUUGUUUGCCUCGACUACUUUGAUAGAUAUAUUGUUGCAGAAAUAUUUGGAUGAAGAUUCGAGUGUUAACCUAGUGAACUCUAUAGAGAAAGUAUGGAAAAAAACAGCACAAGAUGAACUUAUCAGAAGAAGGAUAUUAGAAAACAACUACAAUUUUUUAUCUGAAGUUAAGAAUAAUGAACCAAAUUCAUUGGUUUUUACUAGACUGUUAGAACUGCUAAAGAUCUGCUUCACCUACCUGAAAUCCACAGAAUUCAGGAAUUCUUUGUUUCUAAUAUCAAAAAAAAUGAUCAUGGACGCAGUUAAAGACAAUAUUUUGGUAUUUAUAAGUAUCUGCGAAUAUUUCACCUCAAUAUUUAGCAUUGUUCAAGACCAGAAAUCUCAGAAUCCGAGCAAAAUCAUAUGCGUUAGAAAUUGUGAAAAUACAAUCAUGCUAUUUGGAGAUUUAUUUCAAAAUCGAAGUGAGUUCCCUGAUAUUGAGCAGUUUGCAUUGUCAUAUUUGUUCAAAAUGUUCAAGAUACUAUCCUACUUUGAUGAUUUGAUAGUGUUCGAAAAACUUGAUAAUGGGUAUAUACAUAUUGAAGAUGGCAAUGAAUAUCUCACUGACUUUUUGUCCUUCAUCUCUCCCCAGUAUCUUUAUAAGAAACAUUUGAACAUAAUUAAAUCAAAAGGACAUGUUAGACCAAGUGAAAUAUCAAUUAUUAGGAACUUGUGUAUGAGUUCGGAUUGUUUUGACAUAAUAAAAAAAAACAUAACAGCGGAAGAUAUUUUAGCAAUGCCAUAUUUAGAGCAAAUGAUACUAUUGGAAAAGAUGAGUCAAUACGACUACUCAGUUAAAUUUUUAGCGCAACAUUUACCAAAGGUAAUGGGAAGUCUAAUAUCCAAGGAUGUUAAAGAACUACUGGAUAGAGAAACAUUUGACUUCAGGCUACAAGUUAUCAAUAAUUUGAUUGAAUGGGAUGUGGAACAGCUGCAUAUAUGGUACGAGCCUUUGACAGAAGCUAAGGCACAGUGUAUGGGAACUUUUGCUUCCAAGGAUGUGGGAACGAAGAUCGAGUCAUCCUUUUCUUAG